UUUUAUUCUCAGUGUUACAAUGCAAAUUUUUAGACAUUCUUUGAACGUUUAUAUUUUCUUAUGACCUUUUUAAUUGUACCUAUAUUUUUUCUGAAAGAUAAAUUUUACACACACACGAUUUUACAUAUGAUAGAUAGAGACUUGAGAGAAAUAUAUUCGAUGUUGACUAGAAAUGCGUUUCCACUACUUUCAUCUGAAAUCAGUAUGCUUCCAGAAUCGAUUUUUGAUUUUAAAACUCCUCAUUCCUGUUCCUCCCUUCUUUCGUGAUCAGUGAAAUAUCGUCAGUCAUCUUGCGAGCGAACGAUAAAGAGUACAUGAUAUUAUUAACAAUAAAAUUAUGAAUUUGCAUAAUAAAAUUACCAAUAUUGACUCUACAAUUAUAAAUAUGUAUAUACUUUUUUUUUCUACUGCAUGCACAUGUCUUGUACAUAUGUAGCACGUGAUUUGGUAGACGAACUUUAGAAUGAACAGUAGUAAUAAUCCUGCACGUCCAUCUCGGGAAUAAUUACUAUAUUAGCAUUACGUGUAGCAAUGAAUUCAAAGUAAUUAUUGGUUUACAACAGAUGUUAUAAAUCUAUCUUCAAAUGGUCAAAUCAUUUUAAUGCGCUGUCACUGUAAUUAUAUGCGAUGAUAAGUUUUUAAUUGCUUCACGAUACGUAACAAUGUAAAUUUAUAAUGCUAAUUUCAAAUCACGUUAAACGUAUAUGUGCUGAAAAAGUAAUGUAGCGCCAUCUGUUAAAUCGUUCAAAUUCUUUGUGCAUGUUCUUUGUAACCUCCAAAGUAUACGCGACAGCGUUUUACAUUGGGGAAAAUUACGCGUAUUUUAAACACGUAGUUUAGUCUAAAUCCCGUCGCUGUCAGGUUAACGCGUUUUGGUUAUUGUUAACGUGAAUAAAUAAACACAAAAUAAGUUUUACAAGCAGAAGUGAGUAGGAAGAAGAAAAACAUCUUUGACAGAAAUCUGGAGACCAAAAAUUUGUGUGUUUGCCUGGUGUUAGCAUAUUCUCGUACGAUGAUAUUGAACAAGCGAAAUUAAAUAACAUUGCACUGGAGAAACUGUUCUCACACUUCCUAAGAAUAAAAUAUCAUUGAAAGCUGUAUUACAGAGGCAAAAAUUUGAGAAACAAUGGAUACAUCUAUGAGAGAGAAGUUACUCACUUUUGUGGAUGUUAUAAUUAGAGUUCCACCUUUAUUCAUCAUAGACGAACUACUUAGAAUUGGACUUGGAUUAUCUACUGACAAUGUUGUGCUUUAUAACAGUGAACGUAGUUUUAAAAUAUCAAAAGUUUCAGAUAGUUUUGUGAAUUCGAUAAUACCUACUUCGUUGCUAAAUCCAUUCGACUUUGAGUAUCUUGCUUACAAACUGCAUUUUGCAACUGUACUGAAAUUUCUAUGCUGUUGUUUAGGAUAUAUUGCUGCAAUAUGUACGUUUAUGUUAUGGACAAAACAUCUAAUUAUUGUAUACUUAUACUUAAUAUCAGUAGGAGCAAUAUUUAUUUCCUAUUGGUCAAAUAUUAGUACAAUGAAAGCUAUCAUUACAUAUGUGAGCACACAUGAAUCAACAACUAGCAUACUUGAUGAUAUUUUGUAUCUUAACUUAAAGUACGUUUUGAAUGAAGGACCAGGGUUUCUGAUAAUUCAGAAUUACAUAUUACAAUGCUUAUUAACUAUUAUUUUUUGUUACAUUCAUCUUGCACCAAAACACCCGGUUCUACAAAAAUUUCUUGUACUGAGUUUUAUGACACCAUCAAUUGUGGGCAUUUGUCCGCUUCCGAUGCAAGUUCUCAACCAUAUACCAGUGUUCGCGACGCUUCUUCCGUUAGCUGUAUGUAAAUUUGUUAUUUGGUACCACGGCAUCACCAUGUUAAACACACUCUAUAUGGGUUAUCAUCAUGCGCGUAAUUUCAUAAGCAACUACGGUUUGUCCGCUCUCGCCGAAACCGAAUGGAUACGAUUGAAUGUUCCAUGUGUAUUACGCAUGUUUUGGAUGCUACGUGUCGGAGCACAAGUGUUUCAGAUUCUUGGAAAUCAUUACGGCGAAGAGACAUUCACUUAUUACAUAAUGCUUAGAAGUUUAUUAGUGAACGGCUGCGAAACCUUGACAGCAGUCUUGGGAAUGACUAGCAUAAUUUCAUUUAUUUGCGACUACAUCGGCUGUUUCUUUCAAUGGGUGUUACUCACGGAAGACGAAGACGAGAAGAGCAUUGGUACCGUAUCCGCGAUUUUAUUUUACGUGCUGGCGCUGCAAACUGGAUUAACGAGCUUAGACAGAGAGAAACGUUUGGUCAGGCUGUGCCGAAAUUUUUGCUUAUUGUUCACGGCAGUUCUACAUUUCGUGCAUAACAUUGUAAACCCGUUAUUGAUGUCGCUCAGUGCUUCGCAUAAUCCAGCGCUUCAUCGACAUAUUCGCGCUCUGGCGGUUUGCGCAUUUUUGAUACUGUUCCCGAUGUCGUUGCUGAUAUUCCUUUGGUCGCAUCACAGCGUAAGCACUUGGUUAUUGGCAGUAUCAGUAUUUAGUAUCGAGGUGAUAGUAAAGGUACUGGUCUCGCUCGCAAUCUAUUCUCUGUUUCUGAUCGAUGCUUACCGCAGCGUGUUCUGGGAACAGCUCGACGACUGCGUGUACAUGAUACGAUCCUUUGGUAACACCAUCGAAUUUGCGUUCGGUAUUAUCCUAUUCUUCAACGGGUUCUGGAUUUUAGUGUUUGAAUCGGGCGGAGCGAUACGCGCCAUCAUGAUAUGCAUUCAUGCUUACUUUAAUAUAUGGUGCGAGGCAAGAAGCGGAUGGAGCGUAUUCAUGAAGCGUCGAUCGGCUGUUAACAAGAUCAAUUCCCUUCCGGAGGCAAAGGCAGAACAACUGCGAACGUUGGACGAUGUGUGUGCCAUUUGCUAUCAGGAGAUGCAGAGUGCCAAGAUCACAUACUGCAAUCAUUACUUCCAUAGUGUCUGCUUGCGGAAAUGGUUGUAUGUUCAGGAUAGCUGUCCUCUUUGCCAUGAUAUAUUGUACAAAGUCGAGAGCACGCAGAACAAUAAAGACAACGAGGUUACCGACACCGGGGAAGGUGUGCAACCGAACAUCGAAGAUAACGGAAUGAACGAAGACAGGUGAAAAGACGCAUAAUUGUCACGUAAAUCAACUGAUAAAACUGUUACGAAUUUAAAAUUUAUAAUCGUAAGAUAUCGAUCUGUGAAAAAAAUCUUGCCUAAAAAAAAUUCCAUUUCUUGUGACUCGCUCGAAUUUCAAUGUUCUCACACGGGACACUUUUAUUUUAAAUGUUUCUCACUAAAGAUAAAACUCGUCGAAGAUGAUAAGAAACUUAUUGGUCGUAAGAAAAGCUUCGAGCAACACUAUUUUACAAUUAAUCAAAAAUGCAGUAACAAGUACGAAUCUUUUAAGAAAAACGUUCAUGGACAUCAAUAUUUUAUGACAAUAAAACUAACAAUGAAAUCAAUGUUAUAAGUUUUAUCGUUUCCAAUAUUAAUGUCCAUAAUCAUUUUGGACUGAUUGUCCAAUUAUUGGAAAUAUUAUGCAAUCAUAUUUCUUACGAUAGAAAAAGCUAUUGAUUUGCAAACAUUCUUGAGUAUGUGAUUUGAUUUUGUAUUUUUUGAGCAACGUUCAAGCUUCCGCGCGCACCCUUUCUGCGUACUCUUCCAUUUUGUAACAUUCUAUUACCCUGUCUAGUACAUUGUUUUGUACUAUUCUAUUACGGGCGUCGACAUAUUCCAUUGGUUUAAAUUACAAAGUUCGUGUCGCCUGUCCAUUAGAACGUCCAUAUCCUUAGAUAUACGAACUAUGAAUGCGAAUUUUAUUCAAAAACGCGGAAUACUUUAGUUUAAAUCUCUAUUACCGAAUAGAUGAUAAUAUAAUCAUAAAAUCAUUGUAGAUAAAUAUACGUAUACAAUUAUACAAGUACGUGAGAUUCCAGGUACAUGUAAGCUAUGCGAAGGAACCGUCAGCCUUUAUUCAGCGUUGUAUGAGAUCACGAGAUUGACGAGUCUUGACUUUUUCUGAAAUCGAUAGAGGAGAGCGACGCAACUCGACGUUUCAUAGAAUCGUAUUAGUCCCAGAAAUCAGAUGCGUUACAAAAAAAUUUACAUGUAACGAAAUAUAUAAUAUACGAUUUUCUAUUUCAAAACACGGAUGGAAGGAAACAAUCACAUUGGUCAACGAUAUGAUUUGUUGUUCAUAUUUCUCGCUGUUUCGAUUUUGAAUUUAUAAGCCUCUGUGAUAGUUAGAUGACAAGCGGAAGAAGAAAAAAAGAAAAAUUAUAAGUUUUCUAAUUUAUUGCAACAAAACAUUAUUUAUUUACUACACGAUUUAAUAACGACGAAGUUUUUUGUUUGUAAGAUCAAAUCAUGUCUAAUAAAUGUUAUAUUUUUAAAACGUUAUCGUUCUUCCAACGUCCCGUUGAUUAUCGUUGCCGAGACGGUGAAAUUUAUGUCAGUUCACCUUGCGAGUUAUUGUCCGUGCGUACGUGAAAUUAGAGCAAUUCCAAUGCGAAUGAUGCAACUAGGUGAAGGGCGCGUUAUCAUAUGUAACCACCGAUCGUGUGGUUAAUUUUAGAUUUCCUAUGAUUUCGUUCACUAUUCUCGUUUGAUUUAAU